AUGGGUGGGGCCCUGGGGCCGGCCCUGUUGCUCACCUCGCUCUUCGGUGCCUGGGCGGGGCCAGGGCUGGGGCAGGGCGAGCAGGGCAUGACGGUGGCCGUGGUGUUUGGCAGCUCGGGGCCGCCCCAGGCCCAGGUCCGUGCCCAGCUCACCCCCCAGAGCUUCCUGGACCUGCCCCUGGAGAUCCAGCCGCUCACAGUGGGGGUCAACAACACCAACCCCAGCAGCCUCCUCACCCAGAUCUGCGGCCUCCUGGGUGCUGCCCGCGUCCACGGCAUUGUCUUUGAGGACAACGUGGGCACCGAGGCGGUGGCCCAGAUCCUUGACUUCAUCUCCUCCCAGACCCAUGUGCCCAUCCUCAGCAUCAGCGGAGGCUCCGCUGUGGUCCUCUCCCCCAAGGAGCCGGGCUCCGCCUUUCUGCAGCUGGGCGUGUCCCUGGAGCAGCAGCUGCAGGUGCUGUUCAAGGUGCUGGAAGAGUACGACUGGAGCGCCUUCGCGGUCAUCACCAGCCUGCACCCGGGCCACGCGCUCUUCCUGGAGGGCGUGCGCGCUGUCGCCGACGCCAGCCACCUGAGCUGGCGGCUGCUGGACGUGGUCACGCUAGAGCUGGGCCCGGGAGGGCCGCGCGCGCGCACCCAGCGCCUGCUGCGCCAGCUCGACGCGCCCGUGUUCGUGGCCUACUGCUCGAGCGAAGAGGCCGAGGUGCUCUUCGCCGAGGCGGCGCAGGCCGGCCUGGUGGGGCCCGGCCACGUGUGGCUGGUGCCCAACCUGGCGCUGGGCAGCACCGAUGCGCCCCCUGCCACCUUUCCCGUGGGCCUCAUCAGUGUCGUCACCGAGAGCUGGCGCCUCAGCCUGCGCCAGAAGGUCCGCGACGGCGUGGCCAUUCUGGCCCUGGGCGCCCACAGCUACUGGCGCCAGCACGGAACCCUGCCAGCCCCGGCCGGGGACUGCCGCGCUCACCCUGGGCCCCUCAGCCCUGCCCGGGAGGCCUUCUACAGGCACCUACUGAAUGUCACCUGGGAGGGCCGAGACUUCUCCUUCAGCCCUGGUGGGUACCUGGUCCAGCCCACCAUGGUGGUGAUCGCCCUCAACCGGCACCGCCUCUGGGAGAUGGUGGGGCGCUGGGAGCAUGGCGUCCUAUACAUGAAGUACCCCGUGUGGCCUCGCUACAGUGCCUCUCUGCAGCCCGUGGUGGACAGUCGGCACCUGACGGUGGCCACACUUGAAGAGAGGCCCUUUGUCAUCGUGGAGAGCCCCGACCCUGGCACAGGAGGCUGCGUCCCUAACACCGUGCCCUGCCGCAGGCAGAGCAACCACACCUUCAGCAGCGGGGACGUGGCCCCCUACACCAAGCUCUGUUGUAAGGGAUUCUGCAUCGACAUCCUCAAGAAGCUGGCCAGGGUGGUCAAAUUCUCCUACGACCUGUACCUUGUGACCAACGGCAAGCAUGGCAAGCGGGUGCGCGGCGUAUGGAACGGCAUGAUUGGGGAGGUGUACUACAAGCGGGCAGACAUGGCCAUCGGCUCCCUCACCAUCAAUGAGGAGCGCUCCGAGAUCGUAGACUUCUCUGUGCCCUUCGUGGAGACGGGCAUCAGUGUGAUGGUGGCUCGCAGCAAUGGCACCGUCUCCCCCUCGGCCUUCCUGGAGCCAUAUAGCCCUGCGGUAUGGGUGAUGAUGUUUGUCAUGUGCCUCACCGUGGUGGCCAUCACCGUCUUCAUGUUCGAGUACUUCAGCCCCGUCAGCUACAACCAGAACCUCACUAGAGGCAAGAAGUCCGGGGGCCCAUCUUUCACCAUCGGCAAGUCCGUGUGGCUGCUGUGGGCGCUGGUCUUCAACAACUCGGUGCCGAUCGAGAACCCGCGGGGCACCACCAGCAAGAUCAUGGUUCUGGUCUGGGCCUUCUUUGCUGUCAUCUUCCUCGCCAGCUACACGGCCAACCUGGCCGCCUUCAUGAUCCAGGAGCAAUACAUCGACACUGUGUCAGGCCUCAGUGACAAGAAGUUUCAGCGGCCUCAAGAUCAGUAUCCACCUUUCCGCUUUGGCACGGUGCCCAACGGCAGCACAGAGCGGAACAUCCGCAGUAACUACCGUGACAUGCACACCCACAUGGUCAAGUUCAACCAGCGCUCGGUGGAGGACGCGCUCACCAGCCUCAAGAUGGGGAAGCUGGAUGCCUUCAUCUAUGAUGCUGCUGUCCUCAACUACAUGGCAGGCAAGGACGAGGGCUGCAAGCUGGUCACCAUUGGGUCUGGCAAGGUCUUUGCCACCACUGGCUACGGCAUCGCCAUGCAGAAGGACUCCCACUGGAAGCGGGCCAUAGACCUGGCGCUCUUGCAGUUCCUGGGGGACGGAGAGACACAGAAACUGGAGACAGUGUGGCUCUCGGGGAUCUGCCAGAAUGAGAAGAACGAGGUGAUGAGCAGCAAGCUGGACAUCGACAACAUGGCAGGUGUCUUCUACAUGCUGCUGGUGGCCAUGGGGCUGGCCCUGCUGGUCUUCGCCUGGGAGCACCUGGUCUACUGGAAGCUGCGCCACUCGGUGCCCAACACAUCCCAGCUGGACUUCCUGCUGGCUUUCAGCAGGGGCAUCUACAGCUGUUUCAGCGGGGUGCAGAGCCUGGCCAGCCCACCGCGGCAGCCCAGCCCGGACCUCACGGCCAGCUCGGCCCAGGCCAGCGUGCUCAAGAUGCUGCAGGCGGCCCGCGACAUGGUGACCACGGCGGGCGUGAGCACCUCCCUGGACCGCGCCACUCGCACCAUCGAGAACUGGGGUGGCGGCCGCCGUGCACCCCCACCGCCCCCCUGCCCGACCCCGCGGUCUGGCCCCAGCCCAUGCCUGCCCACCCCCGGCUCGCCCCCAGAGCCAAGCCCCAGGGGCUGGGGACCGUCAGGCGGGGGUCGCGCGGCGCUUGUGCGCAGGGCUCCUCAGCCCCCGGGCCGUCCCCCCACGCCGGGGCCGCCCCUGCCCGACGUCUCCCGAGUGUCGCGCCGCCCAGCCUGGGAGGCGCGGUGGCCGGUGCGGGCCGGGCACUGCGGGAGGCACCUCUCGGCCUCCGAGCGGCGCGCGCUCCCAGAGCGGCCCCUGUCGCCCGCGCGCUGUCACUACAGCUCCUUUCCUCGAGCCGACCGAUCCGGCCGCCCCUUCCUCCCGCUCUUCCCCGAGCCCCCGGAGCCGGAGGACCUGCCGCUGCUCGGGCUGGAGCACCUGGCCCGGCGGGAGGCCCUGCUGCAUGCAGCUUGGGCCCGGGGCUCGCGCCCGCGCCACGCUUCCCUGCCCAGCUCCCUGGCCGAGGCCUUCGCUCGGCCCAGCUCGCUGCCCGCUGGGUGCACCUGCCCCACCUGCGCCCGCCCCGACGGCCACUCGGCCUGCAGGCGCUUGGCGCAGGCGCAGUCGAUGUGCCUGCCGACUUACCGGGAGGCCUGCCAGGAGGGCGAGCAGGCAGGGGCCCCCGCCUGGCAGCACAGACAGCAUGUCUGCCUGCACGCCCACGCCCACCUGCCGUUUUGCUGCGGGGCUGUCUGUCCUCACCUUCCACCCUGUGCCAGCCACGGCUCCUGGCUCUCUGGGGCCUGGGGGCCUCUGGGGCACAGGGGCAGAACUCUGGGGCUGGGCACAGGCUACAGGGACAGUGGGGGACUGGACGAGGUCAGCAGGGUAGCCUGUGGGACGCAAGGCUUCCUGGGACCCUGCACCUGGAGGCGGAUCUCCAGUCUGGAGUCAGAAGUGUGAGU